AGCAAAACAACCGUUUUAACCCACAGCAGAAUAGACCCCCGAUCAAACCAGACAAAAUCCUUUCCAAAACCAAAACUUCCAAUAUUCCAAUGCUAUUCACCCACCCCACGGUAACCAAUCCUUGGGUUUUUAGGGACAUUACAUAUGGAAACUGUCUCACGGGGGCCUUUUGUUUCCAUUCUUCCUGAAUCUCAAUUCUAUGUACCGCGAGCGGCCUUGGCCUUGUUAACAGCUGCAGGGUUGAUGUCAUUAGGAAUAAGCAUUUAUAACACUGUCCAGGUGAAGGCAGUAGCAAAACAGUCAGAACGAAUGGCAACAGAGAUCAAUAGAAUUGCAGAGAGUCAAGAACAUACCACCCGUGCCCUCCGGAAACUUGCCGAGGGAUUUAACUACUUGACAACAGUGACCAUCCCUGCUAUUGAGCAACAGAUUAAUAUAUUGUGCAACGAAGUCAGUUGUGUGGCUAUGCGAAAUCAGGUUUUCAUGGAACUGAACAGGCGGUUAAAACAAAGGUUAUUUGUGUCAGUCACAGCUGGAGCUAAUGCCAUGUAUAAUAGGAAGGUGACUCCAGAUUUUCUACCACCUUCCGAGAUUAAAACUAAAUUAAUGACUAGAGAGGAUAUGGCUGGUUCCAUUUAUGAGAAAGGCAAAAUAGAAGCAUUUCACCGGGAUAAAGUUGGAAUCAGAGAAAUUGCUCGUCGGAUUGGCCGGUCACAUCAAGUGGUCCUAACUUAUCUGAAAAAUCCUUCCGGAUAUGGCAAAAAUCGGAAGAAACCUCGCAAAUCGAAGCUUUCCGGACGAGAGAAACGUGAAAUCGUUAGAACCGCUUCGAACUCCCAAAAAUCGCUGAAGCAGAUUAAGCAGGAGCUGAAUUUGAACGUUUGCCGGGAGACUAUUCGUCAAGUUUUGGUCCAAAGUCCGUACAUAAAAAGGGCCAAAAAGGCAAAAGCUCCAAACCUUACUCCAUCCCACAUCGAGAGACGCUUGAACUUUGCAAAAGCCAACAUGAAUCGACAGUGGACCAUGGUAAGUUGUGAAAAGGGCGUAUUAUUUUAAAGCAAUUUUCAGCGUGAUUAAGGAAUGUUUAUUAAAAAGUAUGUUUUUUUUUGUUUACUUCCAGA